CCCCGCCCCGCGGCUGCAACCGGAGAGGCUCCGGCCGUCUUUGGCUGCCCGUCCUGGGACAGCUGGCCGGGCGGAAAUGCCUUCGACAACUGGGUAAUCCCCCCACCCCAACCCGGGAAUUCGACCCGACCCUUCCCCGGCAUUUCUGGAGCGGCGUCUCUGAGGCCAGCGGGGAGCUCUCGGAUCUGCGGGCGAGGGGACGCCAUGCUCGUGGGGGUGGUCCUUGGGGGGCUCCUCUGGACGCUGGCCCUCUCAGCCGGGGGGUUUUUCGAAGUCGAGGGGCGCCUGAAAGCGCGGCUCCUCCGGAACUACUCCGCUACGGUCCUGCCGAUCCGCCGCCUCUCCCACAAGGUCCCGGUGAGAGUGGGCAUGUCCCUCUCGCAGCUGAUCAGCUUAAAUGAGAAGGAUGAAGAGCUGACCACAAAGGUCUAUAUGGACCAGGAGUGGAUUGACUACCGGCUCACCUGGGAUCCGGCCGAAUUUGAGGGAAUCACCUCCAUCCGACUUGAUGCAGACAAAGUGUGGCUCCCGGAUAUCGUUCUCAUGAACAACAACGACGGUGUCUUCGAAAUUGCUCUCAGUGUGAACGUCCUCGUGCACCACAAUGGGAGGGUCCAGUGGCAGCCCCCGGCCCUUUAUCGGAGCAGCUGCAGCAUCCAGGUGACCUACUUCCCGUUCGAUUGGCAAAACUGCACAAUGGUCUUCCGGUCGUACACAUACGAUGCCUCGGAAGUCACCCUUCUGCACCCCAUCAAUGAGAACGGGCAGGAGGUGAAGGAGAUCUUAAUCUACGAGAACACAUUUAUUGACAACGGGCAGUGGGAGAUCCAGCACAAACCGUCCCGCAAAAACACUCAUCUGGACGAUCCGCUUUACGAGGAUAUCACCUUCUACCUGAUCAUCCGUCGCAAACCGCUUUUCUACCUCAUCAACGUCAUCAUUCCUUGUAUCUUGAUCACCAUCCUGGCCAUCUUCGUGUUUUAUCUCCCGCCGGACGCUGGUGAGAAGAUGACACUCUCCAUCUUCGCCCUCCUCACCCUCACCGUCUUCUUGCUGCUGUUGGCCAAGAAGGUCCCCGAGACGUCCCUGGCGGUGCCCAUCAUCAUCAAGUACCUGAUGUUCACCAUGAUCUUGGUCACUUUCUCCGUCAUCCUCAGCGUGGUGGUGCUCAACAUUCACCAUCGCUCACCCAACUCCUACAAGAUGCCCUUCUGGGUGAGGCAGGUGUUUAUCCACAAACUGCCCCCGUAUCUGUGCCUGCAGCGUCCAAAGCUGGAGCCCCCCCUCAAGGCGCCCCCACCACUGCCCCGCCGGGAGACCGAUGAGUACUUCAUUCGGAGCCCCGUCUGCGACUUCUCCAAGCCCAGCAGGUUCCAGCUGGAGGUCUUCUCCAUGAGCCUGCGACGGUUCAUUGACGGCCCCAGCCACAGCCUCGCUCUGCCCCCCGACCUGAAGUCGGCCGUGGACGCCGUCCUGUACAUCGCCCAGCAGCUCCAGGAGCAGGAAGACUACGACGGGCUGAAGGAAGACUGGGAGUAUGUGGCCUUGGUGGUGGACCGUCUCUUCUUCUGGACCUUCGUGGUCUUCACCUCCAUUGGCACCCUCAUCAUCUUCCUGGACGCCAGCCUCCACCUGCCCCCGGAGAAUCCUUUCCCCUGAGGAGACCCCUCCCCAUACCCACAGGGAAGGCAGACCCCCCUCCCCAGCCAGCCAGAGAAGACAACCCAGGAGGAGGUGGAGAUGCCUUCAAACCAUCUUCAUCCGGGAACAGCUUCCCCAACGUGGCGCUCUCCGAAUGGGUUGGACUGGAACUCCCAUUUCUCCCCGCCGGCAGGGGGCUGAGGCUCAUAGGAGUUGGAGUCCAAGGCAUGUGGAGGAACCCCCCCCCCCAAGGAAGGGCUGCCUUAGAGUCCAGCUACUUGUCACCGCAGAGUUUUGGGUUGCAACGGUGAAACCUGGAAAACUUUGCUCCCAAUUUUGCUUUGGAAGAGACAAGCUGCAGGGAACAUGGUUGUGGAGAGACGCAAUUCGUGUGUCGCCCCCCCCCCCAAUUUCCUGCUGGGCUUCCCCUAAAUUCCCUUCUCCUGGUCUUGUGCGUUCCAGAAGGGCAGGACUACACUUCCCAUCCUCCUUGGCAAGCCCAACCAGGAUGCAAAGCUUCCUCCAUCCAUUAUGUAUUCAAGAUGGACGAUGUUUAACAUUUACAUGUUACUCAAAUAUAAGCGUGUACAUCUAUAGCAGAGGUCUUCAAACUUGGCCCUUUGAUGACUUGUGGACUUUAACUUCAACUCCCAGAAUUCCUCGGCCAGCGUGAGGGAACUAGGACCCUUUCAUGACUUGUGGACUUCA